ACGCCCUCAACGAAGACCAAUAAAGCUCUUUCUCUCUCUCUCCCUCUCUCUAACUUUCUCUCUCAUCAGCAGCUUCACAAACAGAGCUCAAGCUCUCUCAAGCUCAAACUUCAUCUCUUUCGGCAGUCAAAUCGGAGCUUCCGAAAAUGUCGCUCUCGGCACAGGUUUCUCUGGAGCUUGCUAAAGGUGAUAAAUCUCUGAGCUUUGGAAGUGACAGUUAGGGUUUAGGGUGGUACUUGGGGUUAAUAUGGAGCGUGUUUGUAGGGGGAAGAAGAUCUGGGGCGUAUGAGGGUGAGAGGGGUUGUGUUUUGUAUUGGCACUGGCUUUGGAUGAGAUUUUCCCAAAAGGGUAGUUGAUUUUUUUUCUGGUUUUUUGCUUUGGGGGGGUGGGGGGUGGGCUUUUUUUGUUUUUUUACAGCAUUUGAUGAUAUAGAGGUGAAGGGGCUCAGUAUGGGUGCUAAAUAUGUUUAAGAAAUAAGGAGGGACUAGUAUUUGAAUCUUUGUUUGAGUUGGGUUUGAAGGGGGUUUCAGUAGGUGGUGAAAGAAGGUUGCUUUUUUGGAUUUUCAAACAAUGAGGCUUUUGUCUUCGUCCUCGUCUCCGGGUUUUAAUCAUCAGCCUCAGGAAGAGGAGAAGAAAUGUUUGAAUUCUGAGCUAUGGCAUGCGUGUGCCGGGCCUCUGGUGUCUCUGCCUCUUCUUGGAAGUCGUGUAGUCUACUUUCCACAGGGCCACAGCGAACAGGUUGCUGCAUCAACCCACAAGGAAGUGGAUGCCCAUAUUCCCAAUUACCCCAGCUUGCCUCCGCAACUAAUUUGUCAGCUACACAAUGUGACAAUGCACGCAGAUGUAGAGACGGAUGAAGUAUAUGCUCAAAUGACCCUACAACCAUUAAGUCCGCAAGAGCAAAAAGAUGUAUACCUACUGCCUGCAGAGUUGGGUGCUGCCAGCAAACAGCCAACCAACUAUUUUUGUAAAACUUUGACUGCAAGUGAUACUAGCACACAUGGAGGAUUCUCUGUUCCCCGCCGUGCAGCUGAAAAAGUUUUUCCCCCUCUUGAUUAUUCGCAGCAGCCCCCUGCUCAGGAACUAAUUGCAAGGGAUCUUCAUGAUAAUGAAUGGAAAUUCAGACACAUAUUUCGAGGCCAGCCCAAGAGGCAUCUUCUCACGACAGGAUGGAGUGUGUUCGUUAGUGCUAAACGACUUGUUGCUGGUGAUUCGGUCCUCUUUAUCUGGAAUGAAAAGAAUCAGUUGCUCUUAGGUAUUCGGCGAGCAAAUCGUCCACAGACUGUCAUGCCCUCAUCAGUUUUGUCAAGUGACAGCAUGCACAUUGGUCUUCUUGCUGCUGCAGCUCAUGCAGCUGCAACAAAUAGCCGCUUUACUAUAUUUUAUAAUCCGAGGGCAAGUCCAUCUGAAUUUGUGAUACCCCUGGCCAAAUAUGUUAAAGCUGUCUAUCACACUCGGGUUUCUGUGGGCAUGCGAUUUAGGAUGCUGUUUGAGACAGAAGAGUCUAGUGUCCGUCGAUACAUGGGUACAAUAACUGGCAUCAGUGACUUAGAUUCUGUUCGCUGGCCAAAUUCUCACUGGCGCUCUGUGAAGGUUGGCUGGGAUGAAUCCACUGCUGGGGAUAGGCAGCCAAGAGUAUCAUUGUGGGAGAUUGAACCACUAACAACAUUCCCAAUGUAUCCAUCCCCAUUCCCCCUCAGACUAAAGCGACCAUGGCCAUCGGGUGUUCCCUCUUUCCACGGUCUCAAAGAUGGUGAUAUGGGAAUUAAUUCUCCACUGAUGUGGCUUCAAGGAGGGCUCGGAGACCAGGGGAUGCAAUCUUUGAACUUCCAGGGAUUUGGAGUUUCUCCUUGGAUGCAACCAAGGCUUGAUGCGGCUAUGGCAGGUCUACAACCCGAUCUAUACCAAGCAAUGGCAGCCGCUGCACUUCAAGAAAUGAGGGCGGUUGAUUCUUCAAAAGGUUCUUCACAGUCUCUUCUGCCCUUCCAGCAAUCUUCAAGUGUUUCUAAUGGAGCUGCUGCUGUGCUUCAAAGACAGGUCUUGCCUCAGUCUCAGUCUCAAAAUGCUUAUCUUCAGAACUUUCAAGAAAACCAAGCUCCUGCUCAGGCUCAGGUUUUGCAACAGCAGUCGCAGCGUUAUCAUCCCUAUAGUGAUCAGAGGCAACAGCAGCAGCAACAGCAUCAGCAACAACAGCAUCAGCAGCAGCAACAACAGCAGCUGAAUCAGCAGCAGCAACAACAGCAGCUGAAUCAGCAGCAGCAACAACAGCAGCUGAAUCAGCAGCAGCAACAACAGCAGCUGAAUCAGCAGCAGCAGCAGCAGCAACAUCAGCUUCAACAAUCCCAUCAUCUGCACGAAUUGUCUGUUCAGCAGCAGAUCCCGAAUGCUAUGUCUGCUCUACCUAAUUUUGCCUCAAUCACUCAAUCCCAGUCUGCAUCUAUACAGUCCAUCUCUUCACAAUCUCAGCAGCAGAGCUUUCCUGACCCUGUUGGAAUUCCUAUACCUUCAUCUGAUGUCCCCCCUAUACAUAGUAUAUUAGGUUCGCUAUCACAGGAUGGAGCAUCCCACUUACUUAACUUAAGUGGAUCCAACUCAGCAAUUUCUUCUUCCUUGUUACCCAAGCAGAUCACUGGUGAACCACAGCUAUCAUCUGGAGCUGCUCAAUGUGUACUUCCCCAAGUGGAACAGUUGGGAACACCACAGUCAAGUUUUUCUGAGUUCACUGCCUUGCCUCCAUUUCCUGGUAGAGAAUAUUCUGCAUUCCAAGGUGGUACUGAUCCCCAAAGCAAUCUUUUGUUUGGGGUGAACAUUGAUUCAUCAUCUCUCAUGCUGCAUAAUGGGAUUCCAAACCUGAGAAAUGUUGGCAAUGGAAAUGAUUCGUUGUCCCUGCCCUUUGGUGCUUCAUAUACCAGUGGCACAGGCAAUGACUUUCCACUUAAUUCCGAUAUGACUACAUCAAGUUGUGUAGAUGAAUCAGGAUUCUUGCAGUCUUCAGAAAAUGUGGACCAAGUAAAUCCAACUCGAACCUUUGUGAAGGUUCACAAGUUAGGGUCCUUUGGGAGGUCACUGGAUAUUUCUAAAUUCAGCAGCUAUGAUGAACUGCGCAGUGAGCUCUCACGUAUGUUUGGCCUUGAAGGUCAACUGGAGGACCGUCAGAGAUCAGGCUGGCAGCUUGUAUUUGUUGACAGGGAGAAUGAUAUUCUUCUCCUUGGUGACGACCCUUGGCAGGAAUUUGUGAACAAUGUGUGGUAUAUCAAGAUACUCUCGCCUAUGGAAGUGCAACAAAUGGGAAAGGAAGGCCUCAACCGUGUGGCUUCUAUCCCAAACAAUAAGCUUUCCAACGGUAGCAACACCUGCGAUGACUAUGCGAGUCGACAGAAAUUGAGAAACUCAAGCAAUGGGUUUGCAUCUUUGGGAUCACUCGACUACUAAAGGCCAAUGCUUCGCUAAAAAUGGAAAAUUACGAAAAUUGGCGGCGAAUGAUGAGUGUUUUAACUAUGCUUAGUAGUGUUUUCGUAAAAGGAUUGGUAGCAUUCUUUUAGCUUUUGUGUGGUCAGUGAGAUGUACUGCUUAGGCAAAGUCUAUUUGAAGCCUGCAUGUCAGCUUAUAAUUACACACUGUAAAUUAUAGUAGGAAGGAACCUUGUAUCUGAAACUACCGCAACACCAUGUAGAACAACACAUGUACCGUACGAGUUUGGUGUCCGAGUCCGAUUGCACUUUCUAUGCUCUCAUGUCUUGUAAUUUGUUAUUAAUUAGAGUCGAAAACGUAUCAUGAAUCAGACCGAUCAAGUUGAUUUACUGUAUUGAAAAUCUUGAGACUUGAGGUAGGUCUCACCAAGUAAUA